UUUUAGUCUUUUAUUGCGCAGGACAAUCUAUAAGAAGUUCUAAAUAUACCCGUUCUUAAAUGUUAAACUGGACCACUACCAUCAUAAUAGGAUUUUGGCUUCUGUUUGUGUUGAUAUUCUUGACUUUCAACGUUUCUUUAUUUAGAAGCCAUUCUUUGUCUUGUCUUUUCUUCUUGAAAUGUGCUUUCUCCUUGUCUCUUGACUGUUUUCCUGCUCCACCCAGCUAAUCAGUGCUUACUGAUUCCUGAUCUCCGUGGGAGUAGUAUAGGAGUUUAGGCUAGUAUUAGCUAUCUUCAAAACAUGUUUCCUAGCCCAAUA